AUGACCCUGACAACCCGCCGCAUCCCCAAAAUUGGAAUCAUGUCCACCGCGAACUGGACCGUCAACGAGGGCAGCCUGCACGAGACGGCGUUCCUCCCGCGCGAGCACAGCGUGCGCCUCGAGAGGGGCGCGUUCAUGCCCAAGGAGCGCGGGAACCACUUCUUCGAGCGGCACCGCCUCCGUCUGGUCUUCGACCCGGCGCCGCUGCCGGGGAAGGAGCACUGGCGGUAUAAGCCCGCGGCGGAGGCGUUGAGGUUCUGGGAGAGGGACACGUUUUAUGCGGGGCAGGUUGCGGAGGGGGAAGGGGAAGGGGGAAGGUGCUUUGGGGGAUGA